UAAUCUCACGGAAGUCUUUGUUGUCGUACCAGACCGAGGGAAGAUUAAUACAUAACCUAUAACUUUAUCAGUCUGAUGUAUUUUUGUGCAAUUCUUUGGGUUUUGUAUGCUCCUUACUUAGUUAAAUUGUUAAUUAAUGGGAUUCUAUUUUCAAUUUUCUUUUUCUUUGGUGAAUUGUUGAAGAUUUUACGGCACAUCAAUUUGGGAUGAUCUAAAUUAAUAGCUUUUCAAUGAGCUUGCAUCAUUAUCUUUGUGAACUCUGCCUUUUAUUCAUACAAUGAAGUAAUCAAAGGAGCUGGCAAUUAGUGUGACAGUAAGCCCUAGGUUUCAGUUUGUUGAUGACUGAUGUUUUUAUAUUUUUCCUCUCUGUAUUUUCUACCUUGUCCAGCAUCAUUUCUGUAGUCGUGGGUUUCUAGCCUGUUAGUUUGAGUAAAUCUGCUUGGGAAAUACUUCAAUGGUUUGUCCCUUGUCCCAUACUAUGCUGGCUGUAAUUGCCAGCAUUUAAAUUUUCUCGGUUUGUUGCUAUCUAUGCUCUUUUUCACAUGUUUCCCCCUCUAUAUCACUGUCAAUUGUCAAGCAACCUUUCAUCUCUCCCCACCUCCUUCACCCCCUUUUCCAGUUUGUCUUUUUGUUGAUGUCGUUAUUUCUUAUUUGUCGUUUUCAUUAAUCAAAUCCCUGCCAUCAUUUUCAUGUCUGUGUGUGUGCUCUUAAUUUUGAUUACCCAUUCCACUCCUGCAUGAGAGAGACAUUCACCAACUGUUGUUGUGGUCUCUGCUUAGAUAAGAAUGCGGAUGGAACUAGCCUCUAUCUGAAGGAGCAUCAGCUUUGUAUUGUCAGCCCGACUUUCUGAACAGUAUCAAGCUGUAACAUGGUAUGCUUUCUGUCACUUGAAUGAGAAAUUUUUCUGCGUGAAAGGCAGAGUUUGAACUGGCAAAAUGGUUUUAGGUUUGCACCUUGGGGGUUCUUCAAGAUUUUGUAUGCUUUCUUAUUCUUUUAUUGCAAAUAACACUUAAAUUGGUGGAUGGGUUUGGCUGUUAGAAGUGUAGGCAUACCAUAAGUGUCAAAUUCCUGUCAUUGUUCGAGACAAUGAUGCUUUUUGAUCAAACAUAGGCCAGUAAGGUUAGAUGGCAGUGAUGCUGUCAACACUGGAAGAGGAGUCAGAUAUGUACGAGGUGUUCCCGGCACAUGUGGACACCAGUAGUAUUCCCAUUGUUCCUGACAGUCCUGCAAAGAAGAAUGCCAAGCCUCUAAAGUCAUGGAGUGAGAUUAGUUCACUCAUUCAAGCUGGCCGAAAGAGAGAUGUGAAGCUCAUUCUUCGAGAACAGGGCUGGCCCACUAAUCACACCAUCAGAGCUCAGCUAUGGCCAGCCCUCUGCAAACAGCACUCAAGCAGCCGUCCCAUGCAAGAUGGAUUUUAUUGGGAAUUGGUUAAUCAACUGUUUGGCACCACAGAUGUAUCUGAUAAACCCAUGCUACUUCCUGCAUUUGUGGAGAAUACGCACUGCCUGCCAUACCAUUUAACUCGGCGUGGACGAAGUUUAGCCGAUCGAGUAGUAUGUGUUCUAGGUUUCUCUUGUCCAGAUAUAACCUACUCCCCAGCACUGUAUCCAAUUGCUGCUCUGUUACUGCAUUUUAUGUCAGAGGAAGAAUGCUAUAACAGUUUAGCAAGCCUCAUUUCAUCUAAAGACAAAACAUUCAUCACACAAACAAAACUAUUAAAUGAAGCUACUUGGCGUACAGUUAUGCUAAUAACCAAAAAGCACAUGAAAUCAGCUGCUGCUCAUCUUGCCCGACACUGUUCUGAUGCUCGCUCAGAGAGAAUAUAUGCUGACUGGCUAUGGUGGAUUCUUCAAGGUUUACCUUUCACUCAUCUAGUCCGGGUCAUGGACUGCUUUUUUCAUGAGGGUAUUAAAGUUUUGUAUCGUGUGGCAAUGGCAAUUCUCUUCCUUUUUUAUAAGUAUUCCACCUGUCAAAGCUCUGAGUGGAGUGCGGAGCUUGCAGCUCAAGGUGUUGACAAUGCUUUAACUAAGUUCUGCAGACAAAUGCCUGUUAGCCCUACAAAAGUUUUGCGUACUGCCUUCAGUGUAAGGGGUCUCAGUUCCUCAUACAUUCAGAGGGUUUUUGUAAAAACAGAAAUGCUGCUGAAGAGUAAGCCAGUACUUUCAAACUCCCAACAAAUCAGUCGCUCCCGUUCAUCCGAAAAUCUGCCUACUUCUCAGUCUCAAAACAACAUACAGCUUGUGUCCCAUACGCUGACAAUUCGGGAGGGUUCUCGCUCUCCUGAACCUCGCACUCAUGCUAUGGGAGUGUACCCUAUCUACAAGAUCCGUUCUGCCAUUGUUUCUCAAGAGGAAUUGUUCACAUUGUGGUCUUGGUUGCCUGUGAGAAUCACAAUGUACCAGCCAAUUCUAUUGUAUACUACGGAAGAGCAUGGUUGUAGUUUGACUACAUUUUAUGUUCGAGUUGAGCAACAUGAACCUACGUUGUUAAUGAUUAAAACUAGCAACAAUGAGGUAUUUGGGGCCUAUUGCUCAACACGUUGGUAUGAACGCAAUGUCAAAGACGAUAGAGGUAAUCGCCAGGCUUACUUUGGCACUGGUGAAACAUUCCUAUUUAGUCUUUAUCCUGAACGUGCUAAAUAUCCUUGGGUUGGCAUGGAGCAGAGUCCAGGAGAGAAGCAACUAAAUCAUUCAGCCGAGCUAUUUCUAGCAGCUGACCACAAGAUGAUUACAAUUGGUGGAGGGGAAGGACAAGCUAUUUGGAUGGAUGAAAACAUACGGUAUGGCAAGACGGAUCGUUGUCUCACCUUCAAUAAUCCUCCUCUAUGUGCCAGUGGUGACUUUGAGAUACGUGUGUUGGAGGUUUAUGGGUUUGCUGGAGCAUGAAUGCAGAAGUGUCAUCUGACAGUUACAUAAAGAAAAAAUAUCUUGACUGAUCACAACUAUCACUGUAUCAUCAAUGCAAUAUUCAACCAAUUUUCACUAUUAUUAUUUUUAUUUUUUGUAAAAAGGAAAAGAUCAUUUCUUUGUUCUGUCAACAUGUUCGCAUAUUGGUUAAAGUUUCUCUUCCUCUUGGCAUCAGCAUGUGCCAUAUCCUAAAUGUACAACUAUGCAUGAAUGGUUUUCGUAUCAUGUUAGGGAUAUACCUUUAAUAUUUGUUUCAGGAGUAAUUGCUCGUUAAUAAUUUUGCACAUUUUAAAAUUAUUUUCUAUUUCUGGAAUUUGGAGGGUAUAGUUAAAACAUUUUACUGAGAAUGUUAAAAUGAAGGACUAGAAGAUUCUUAAACUGUUUUUAUUUAUUUUUUAUUCCUUGUCUAAAAUGAAGUUAGCUACUUGUCAUGGUCGUUAUUGAUCACAAGUCAUUAUUACUGACCGUAUCUAUUGUUCAGUUUAGUAUCCAUAAUCAUUGUUCUCAUGGCAAUACAUUUUAUCUGUGUUCAACCUUAGUGGGUGGAAAGACAAGGCGUUCCUUCAAAUGUUCCAUUCAGAUACAAAUUUUUCAUGCAAGUUGAACGUGUAAUGGAGCAGUUUUGCUAUGACAUACUACAUGUGAAGUUUUGUAUUUCAAAUUAUAUUGUAUAGCACCAUAAAAUGUAGUGUUUGUCUGGUAGAACUAUAAGAGUCUGUGUGUACAUUAGGUUCAAUAUUAAUUAAUGCUUUGCGUGUUUAUAUUAGAAGCUUCAUCAUUGUGUGUACCAUUAUUUAUUAGAGUGAUCAUGAUUCAUCACAGAUGUACACUCUUAAAAUUGAGUCAAUGCUCACUUUUGCCAUCCUUUUCUAUUCCAAAGUUUUCAGACUCUCAAAACUUAGUUUAGUGGAAUGACUAAACUGAGUCCACUUUUUUCAUAAACAUGCAUCUUUGGCAGAUAUGGAGCCCAGUAAUUACCAUGACCAAACGUUUUGUGUUCACUGAGACUUGCAGGCUUACGCUCUGUCUUUCCAUCAUAUUGUCAAUUUUAUAUUCAAAAAGGGAAUAGGGAAGUUACAUUGUAUCAUAGCUUGUAGCUAAAAGAAAGUCCCAUGUACACCACUGUGCAAGACAUGACAUAAUACAACAAUAUAUUCACUCAUGUUAACUGUGUAUCAAAGAAAUUGUGAUUGCUGAUUAUUGUAGAAUCUAUCAAGCUGCUAAAUUGUAGUGCUAAUUUUUGUUCCCUAGAUGCUUUGCCUUUGUUAGUCCAAAAUUAAGUAUACAUUUGUGACCCAAGCUCUCACUGGAUGUAGCUUUGUGUUUUAAGGCCUAACCAUAUGUGUGAGUAAAAAUAAAUGUGCUAUUGUGUGUUUUUAUUUUUUAAAAAUAUAAUAGCAAUUUUAUGUAAGCAGUUUUCUAUGUUUAAAACAAAAUCAUCUCUUGUGGCACUCAAAUGUUAUUAUAGUCAUUUUGAAGUUGGAAAUUCUGUUCUCCUUGUGAUUUAAGAAAAGUUAUAAUUUUCAUAUUCCCAGUGAGCUUAUUAUAUUAACUGACCGCAACACUCAAGUGUAGUGUGAAGAGUUUUUAUUGCAGGAAACUGAUCCUUUCUUAUUUUCACAUUGGCUUCCCAUUCUCUUCUUUACCUGUUAUCUACUAGUGUUGUGUGUAAACAACUGUGAUUGAGACUUGUUCUCUGCAAAACUUGACAGUUUUGCCAACUCCAAAAACUGAAAUGUAGGGUCUUCUUUUUUCCCCCCUCUCUCCUCCUCUUUCAUUUCUUUAUUUUGGAAAGGAAUGCUAGUGCUCCUUUUCCUUGCAGUGUGACGUAAAUAUUGGAGUUAUUUGUUAGCUUAUUGUUGACCAAAGCCAUAACUGGACUGUUGUAUUGUUUUAGUAAAUGUAGCUUUGUUUUAAGUAUUGAAAUGCCAUUUUAGGGGAUGACUUGUUUUGGUUACGUCUUUAAAGUUGAGUAAUUGUGUCUAGAAAUUCCUUUGUGGGGUUGAAGCAGUACCUAGCAUCUGAAAAGUAGUAUGAUUGCUGAUUGUCCCCUUACUUUAAAAAAAAAAAAAGAAAGCUGUACUACUACUUAUUGAUGUAUAUUCAUUGCACUUUGGUCAAACCACUUGGUUUCAACAGUAACCUGUAUUCUCAAAUUUUGCCUAAUCCUGCCUUGUUAAAAUCUGACAUGAAUUCCCAAAAAAAAGUUGUUUCUAAAAAGAAAAAAUAUUCGUGUUAUGAUUAAUUUUGAUGAUUGGACAUUUAAUACCCUUUCAUCUGUGUACUAAAUGUAUUGACGUAUGUGUAGAUGAAUGUUCUGUUAUUUGUAUGUGUGCUGGUAUGUGUAUCUGAAGUCCCGUUCAAGUUUUAGAGUAACCAGGAUACUGCAAGUUUGGCUUGGAGCCCGAGCAAGAUUGUUGAAAAACGUCUGUCCCCCUCCUCCUUAAUCCGUGGCUCUCCCACUCCGUUGUUCCUGUGGCCGUUGCACAUGUUAUUUCAAAUUGGAAGUGGGAAUUUCCUUAACCCUCACACCAACACCUAAUUAUCAGUAAAAAAAAAGGGAAUAAUUUUUUCAGAAACUUUUAAUAUUGUUAAACCUAUACUUUGAACUAAUACACUUCGAGUUUGCUAUUUACAGGGCAAAUGCAUUUAUCAAAUUAUCCCUUUAAUUAAGUUUCCGGUGCAUUCGGAACUUCGGGUACGGAGUGCACUUUGCUCCUAUGUUCUAGUCUUUGCGGUGUGGUUACCUGUUUAUCGGUACCAUUUUCCUUGAGUGAAGUUUAUUAGCCACUAAUCCAAGAAGAACGAUAUGCAUGUAUAUACAUAUAAUAUAUACAUAUGUAUAUGUCUCUCUUCUUUUAUUUAGAAAGAGAAUAAAUUGUGUACUUGGCAUUCAAAAUGCCAAGCAAAUAUGCAGCUGGUGGUUGUUGUUAUGUUGCAAACAAAGUGAUAAUUAUCGUAAUUGGGGUAUCAUCAAUCAGAAAUGUCACAUUGCCCUUCACUCACCUCGAAAUUUCGGUCAGUGAGACUUUUGAUUUGAGUAUAUGAAAUUUUGUCCUCUGACGUCAUGGAUUGAAACUUAAGUGUUGCAGUAUUAGAUGUUCAGGAUGUUAAGCGUGAUUCUCCUACACUUGUGUUGAAAUUAACUUGUCUGGUACUGGUUGAUCGCACCUCUUGGCUACAGCAGAUGUCCGAUGCAUUUCAUGACAGGCAUUAAGCAUUGGCAAUCAAUUUUCCUGGCUUUAAGAAAACUUGUGCUUUUUUAAAAAUUGAAUGUUUGUCUUGCAUGUUUGCAUGUGAACGCCUUCCUCGCUUUUUGGAUUUCCUAAUUUGGGUAUUAGUGAUUCUAUGAAUGAUUCAAAUCAUAUAAAAAGUUCAGUUUGGUAGAAGUGACUGAACUAACUAAGAUCUUUGUUCCUUUUUUUCCAUUUCUGCUUUUAAGGAGUAGAGACAUCGCUAGAGUAUUUCCUGAGUGUUCACCACCAUUAUGUGUGUUGUGGGAAUCAUCUUCGUUUAGUCAUGAAGAGUACAUUCCCUAAUACAUUAAGCUUUUCUUUUUUGGUUUUCUUUGUUUCUGUGGUGCUUGGUUGUGUCUGGAUGCCUGCUUUCAGAAUGCCUUGUGACAUUUCUGGAUGAAACUUCCUGUUACAAUUAAUUGAUGUUAUGUUUUAUCUUUUAAGUUUUUGAGACUGUUUGAAUAAUUUCUAAUGUGCUAUUAGAUUGUAUGGAUUGAACAUGAAAGUGACUUUCACAUGUUGCAUCUAUGCAAUUAUUUUUAUGUUUUAAUCAUUGUCAUUAUUGCUGAAUAGUAGCUGUACAGUUCUAAAUGUUGUCAUGUUGCAUAAAAUUAAGUUAUCAUUUCUUUGCCUCAUUCAAUAUUGUAAACAAAAGACAAGUGUUCAAGUUGUGUUAUAAAGCUGCUAAAAUCCUC